AUGUCAAAUUUUAUUAAUCGACCUUUACCUUUGAGUAAAUCAAAAGCUAUAGAUCAGCAAUUAAUUAAAAUGAUAGUAAAAGAAUACCAUCCCUUCAGUGUAGUUGAGGAUAAAGAAUUUAGAAAAUUAAUAAAUAUGUUGUCACCUAACUAUAUAAUUCCGUCAAGAAAAACUGUUUCGAACAGUUUAUUGCCUCAAAUGUACGAGACAGUAGUUCAAAAUGUAAAGCGCCAACUUGAGAAUGUUUCAGCAAUAUGUUUGACAACCGAUGGAUGGACGUCUAUAACAAAUCAAAGUUUUGUGGCGGUUACAGCACAUUUUAUCGACCCCAAAAAAGAUUAUGAAAUAUCUACAGUCUUACUGGGAUGUACUGAUUUUCCACAAAGCCAUACAGGUGAUAAUUUAGCUAUAUUUCUAAAGAAUAUUGUGGCUGAGUGGGGCUUAAGUCAACAUGUAGCUGCUGUAGUGACUGAUAAUGCGGCAAACAUGAAAGCUGCAAUUGAAAAAUGUAAGUGGAGGCAACUGUCAUGUUUUGCGCAUUCGAUUAACUUGGUAGUUCAAUCUGGGUUGAUGAGUAUUGAACAUGUAACUAAAAAGGUUAAAGAUAUAGUAACAUAUUUUAAAAAGAGUUUACACGGUUUAAGUAAAUUGCAGGAACUACAAAGACAAACAAGAUCAUCAGUCUUAAAAUUAAAACAGGAUUGUCCCACCCGUUGGAACUCGACUUACGACAUGCUAGAUAGGAUAUUUGAACUUAAAGAAUCUAUUGUGGCGACAUGUGCUAUUUUGAACAUCUCUGAUUUAAAUUCUCUUUCAGAGCAAGAUUGGAUUGUCAUAGAAAAAUCUAAAAAUAUAUUAAAGAUAUUUUAUGAUUUAACAAUAGAAAUAAGUUCCAAACAUAUGAAGACAAUGAAUAUUAUUUCCCAGGCUACUCUUCUUGAUCCUCGUUUUAAAAAACAUGGAUUUAUACAUGCUGAAAAAUGUAGUACAACUAUAAGAAAUUUAAGAAGUAAAGUACAAUCUAUAAGGGUCGAAGAAAAUACCAUACCACAACCAAAUGUUAUAUCUCCAUCAGUCUCACUUCCGACUUCAAGUACAGCAAUCUGGGAAGACUUUGAUGAAACUGUUGUCAACAUCAUAGGUGGUAAUAAUUCAACUGCAGCUGGAAUUAUUGAAGUGGAUAAAUACCUAAAUGAACCAUUAUUGAGACGGGAUGAAAAUCCAUUACUUUGGUGGUCAGAAAGGAAAAAAGUAUACCCAUUGUUAUAUGAAAUCGUGAAACGUCGUCUUUGCAUUAUGGCAACAUCAGUGCCUUGUGAGCGCAUAUUUUCUAAAGCUGGACAAGUUGUUACUAAUCGAAGGAGAGAUAGAUUUGUUAGAACAGCAUUGAUAAAAGGAGGUAGAACUAAUAAUUUUGUAGAGGGUGAUUUGAGAGGAAAACACGGAAAUAAAAAGAAGUUAGCUCCAGAAAUAAUCAAUCAAAUUUGCGAUCACAUUAAUUCAUUUGCACGCAUAGAAUCACACUAUUUGAGAAAUCAAACAUCCAGAGAGUUCAUUGACGGAUCACUAUUGCAGAAAUGUAGAGAUUGUUUGAUGCAAAAUGUAAAGCUAAUAAAGUAUCAUCUUGUAAAUUUUCUGCAUACUCUUACAUCUUCAAUACCAGAUUUAAUAUUUUUUAUCCCAAAAAGAUCAGUGUGGAUUAUGUGA